AUGUCACCACACUUCAUAGAGUCGGACGAACUCUCCAGAUCCAUCAAAAUUGCCAUUGACCGUGGUGGAACAUUCACGGACGUAUGGGCAUCUGUCCCAGGACAACCAGAUAUUGUUCUUAAGCUUCUCUCUGUCGACCCAAGCAACUAUGCCGAUGCGCCCUCUGAAGGCAUUCGCCGAGUCCUCGAGCAGGUCACUGGUACCUCAAUACCACGCAAUGCCCCUCUUCCGAAGAAUCAUAUCCAUUCCAUUCGCAUGGGCACAACGGUGGCUACAAAUGCAUUACUAGAGAGGAAAGGCACACGCCAUGCGCUAGUUGUGACUAAAGGGUUCCGUGACUUGAUCGAUAUUGGGAACCAAGCAAGACCGCGACUCUUCGAUUUGAAUAUCCGCAAGCCUGAAACGUUGUACGACAAAGUGGUGGAGAUCGAUGAACGCGUGACGGUCGAGGAGUUCAGUGAAGAUCCAUCACCUACCGUUUCGCAGAAAGACCUUAUACCAGGCGUUCUAGUCAAGGGUAGUACUGGAGAGCUUGUUCGAAUCAUUCAGCCAUUCAACGAGGAGGAAGCUAAGACGAAACUUCUCGCUUUGAAGACAGACGGAAUCGAUGCUUUAGCGAUAUGCUUUUGUCACUCGUAUAUAUUCCCCGAUCAUGAACUCCGCAUGGCAGAACUGGCCUCCGAGCUUGGCUUCCGACAUGUGUCGCUGUCAUCAACUGUUGGAGCGAAGAUGAUCCGGAUGCUGGCUCGUGGUAGUUCAGCUUCUGCAGAUGCUUACUUGACACCUGAAAUCAAAGCCUAUGUAGAUACAUUCGCUCGUGGUUUCGAAGGUGGAAAUCUCGAUGGUGUGAAGUGCGAAUUCAUGCAGAGCGAUGGAGGACUAGUCAACCAUAAAGUCUUCAGCGGCCUUAGAGGAAUUCUCAGUGGCCCUGCCGGCGGAGUUGUAGGGUAUGCUAGGACAUCUUAUGAUGGCAAGAGACCAUUGGUAGGAUUUGAUAUGGGUGGGACUUCAACCGAUGUCAGUCGAUAUGGAGGCAGCUUUACUCAUGUCUUUGAAACAACGACAGCCGGCAUAGUGAUACAAAGUCCCCAGUUGGAUAUUAAUACGGUUGCUGCUGGAGGUGGAAGUAUUCUCUCCUGGAAAAAUGGUCUUUUCCAAGUUGGACCGGAGAGUGCUGGUGCUCACCCUGGCCCUGCCUCGUAUCGGAAAGGUGGUCCCUUGACGGUGACUGAUGCGAAUUUGUUUCUUGGCAGGCUCAUACCUUCCUAUUUUCCAUCCAUCUUCGGUCCAACCGAAGACUUGCCGCUAGAUACAGAGAUUGUAGCGGAAAAAUUCAGAGAGCUGACAGACACGAUCAAUGCUGAUAGUGGUAAGACAAAAACGGUCGAAGAAGUAGCUAUGGGGUUCAUCGAUGUUGCAAACGAGUCGAUGAGUCGGCCAAUACGCGCAAUUACGGAAGCUCGAGGAUACGAAACGGGAGCACAUAAUCUUAGUGUCUUCGGUGGUGCUGGUGGCCAACAUGCUUGCGAGCUUGCAAAGAAGCUUGGGAUUAACAGGAUCAUCAUCCAUAAGUUCUCCAGUAUUUUGUCAGCAUAUGGAAUGGCACUCGCAGAAGUCGUACAAGAAGCGCAAGAGCCAAGCAACGAGAUAUAUUCCACCGAGUCUUUGCCACGCCUCCAAGUUGCUCUAGAUGAGCUGCAAAUUAGAGUCAGAGACGGGUUGUUGGGACAAGAAAUCAAUGCGAAGGACAUCAAGUACCAGAAAUAUCUCCAUCUGAGGUACGAAGGAACAGAAACUCAACUGAUGAUACCCGAGCCUGCAGACGGGGACUACCGAGCACUGUUCGAGAAAGAGCAUUUGCGAGAAUUAUCUUUCAUCUUCCCAGCAACAAGAAAAGUGUUGGUAGAUGAUGUUCGUGUUCGAGGGACUGGUGGCAAUGGAGAAGUCAUGCAGGACAGCGAAGUACUCGUGGAAGAGAUGAAAGCGAUCGAACAGGCUACAUCAGUCAAAGACAGCGACGCUGUUCAUCAGGUCGGGGUGUACUUUGAUUCCUCCGGGUAUCAGAUGGCUCCUCUGUUCCUUCUCGACGGCCUCAAACCAGGAAGCUAUGUUUCAGGACCUGCUAUCAUCAUUGACAAGACACAGACUAUCGUCCUUGUACCUGGCUCCAAAGCUAGCAUUCUUACAUCCCAUGUGAUUGUCGACUUGGGUGAAACAAAGAUAGCUGCUGCUGGAGAUUCAUUGCCAGUGGCAGCAGAUCCGGUUCAACUUUCUGUUUUUGGUCACCGUUUCAUGGGCAUCGCCGAGCAGAUGGGUCGAACCUUGCAGAGAACGAGUUUGUCAUUGAACAUCAAAGAAAGACUCGAUUAUUCUUGUGCGAUCUUCGGACCGGAUGGAGAGCUUGUGGCGAAUGCUCCUCAUGUUCCCGUACAUUUGGGAAGCAUGAGCUAUGCUGUCAAAUACCAGCAAGAGAUCCAUGGUGCUAACCUUCGCCCUGGGGACGUUCUUGUCUCGAAUCAUCCUGAGGCUGGUGGCACUCAUUUGCCAGAUAUCACUGUUAUCACGCCUGUAUUCGAUAGCACGGGCACUAAAAUCUGCUUCUUCACCGCAUCUCGUGAUCAUCAUGCAGAUAUCGGCGGGCUUGGUGGCACGUCAAUGAAUCCAGCUUCCCUCUUUCUCUGGCACGAAGGAGCUGCCAUCAAGUCUUUCUUCCUUGUCAGAGACAACAAAUUUGACGAAGAGGGGAUCUUGGAAAUCCUCAAGAAACCAGGAGACUAUCCUGGGUGUGCGCCGGCGCGAAGGCCAACAGAGAACUUGAGCGACCUUCAAGCCCAAAUUGCGGCCAACAAUAAAGGACGCCUUCUUAUCGAAGCACUCAUGGAAGAAUAUGGGCAGUCUGUCGUUCAAUUUUAUAUGAGAAAGAUCCAAGAAAACGCCGAGAUCGCUGUCCGAGGUUAUCUUAAAGGUGCACGAGAGAAAUUUGGCUCUGGCACCGACUUAAUAUCACAGGACUACAUGGACAACGGGUCAAUGAUGUGUGUCAGAAUUUCGAUUGACGAAACUGGUUUUGGGACAUUCGAUUUCACAGGCACUACGUGCGAAAUGCUGUCCAAUAUGAAUGCACCUCCAGCGAUCACGUACUCUGCUCUCAUAUAUACUCUACGACUUCUCAUCGGAUCCGAUAUUCCGAUGAAUCAAGGCUGUCUAGCACCAACCAAGAUCAUUAUCCCCAAGAAGACUUUCCUGAAUCCAUCUACAGAGCGUGCUGUUUGUGCUGGCAACACCCAGACAUCUCAGCGUCUUGUGGACCUGUUGCUUAAAGCGUUCAGAGCAGCUGCCGCUUCGCAAGGAUGCAUGAACUGCUUCGGCUUCUUCGGCCGGGCUGCCAAAGAUAAGUCCGUCCUUGCAUAUCAGUACGGCGAAACGAUGGCCGGUGGGUCUGGUGCUGGUCCUGGGUGGCAUGGUGCCAGUGGGGUACAAGUCCACAUGACAAAUACUCGGACAACAGAUGCGGAAGUGCUUGAGAAGCGAUAUCCGGUCAUUGUCCGUGAAUUUUCCAUCCGUGAAGGGAGCGGCGGAAAGGGCAAAUGGAACGGUGGAAGUGGCAUAACCAGAGAUAUUGAGUGCCGUGUCCCUCUGAUGUUCAGUCUUGUGACAGAGAGACGAGUGAUUAGACCUUACGGUAUGGAAGGUGGCGAGGCAGGACAUCUCGGGGCGAAUUAUUGGGUGCAGAAGGGGGAGAAUGGUGAAUACACCUGGUUAUCGAUUGGUCCCAAAGGGCAGAUUGAUAUGGCCGCUGGCGAUAGAUGUGUCGUGCACACUCCUGGAGGAGGAGCUUGGGGAAGCCUGGAUCAAGAAGAUGCAAACGGACUCGAGGUCAAGUCAUCCAAGCCUGCGCAUACAUUCACUGCGCGGGCAGCUGGAAGCUACCACAAUUAUGUCGCUACACAAGAAGACGCAUGA